UAACGUAAGCGCCAAACCCAUACCCUUUUUCUCUUUCCUUUUUUCCCCAUAAUCUAACGGCUGAAAUCUAGCCUCAGCCACCACAUUCUUUAUCAGCCGUUUGAUUUACUUGUAUAUUAGUUAAAUGCUUUUGUAGUUGAAUUCUAAGUUGCUGUUUGUUUAGGUUAGGCCUUCCUUCUUCCUUUUCCAACCCCACUUCCUCAAUUCUCUCUCCCCCCCCUAAUUCUUCUCUGGAUUCUUCACCAUCAUUACAAGAAUCCAAGAAUCCCUUUGUCCAACUUAUUCACAUUACAUUGUUUCUUGAUUCUUUCGCCGUGUGAAUAAGGUCUUAGUCUGGAGUAUUUUGAGCGGGUCACAAUAAGUCGCUAGUCGGAAGUUUAGACGGAUUACAAGUCUUUCUCAUGACAAUGCUGGUUCCUCCAUGGCUAGAACCUUUAUUAAACACUGCUUUUUUCUCUAUCUGCCGGACGCACGGUGACGCUGCGCGAAGUGAAUGUAAUAUGUACUGCUUAGACUGCAAUGACAAUGCGUUUUGCUUCUAUUGUCGCUCCUCCAAACACAAAGACCAUCAAGUCAUUCAGAUAAGGAGAUCUUCAUAUCAUGAUGUGGUAAGGGUUUCAGAGAUUCAGAAGGUAUUGGAUAUAAGUGGAGUGCAGACAUAUGUAAUUAACAGUGCGAGGGUUUUGUUCCUAAAUGAAAGGCCACAACCAAAGAGUACUGGCAAAGCAAGUUCUCACGUUUGUGAAAUAUGUGGGAGAAGCCUUUUGGACACUUUCCGUUUCUGUUCUCUCGGAUGUAAGCUUGUAGGAAUAAAGAGGAAUGGAAAUGCAAGCUUUAUCUUAGAUUCCAAGAAUGAAGUAGCAUUGCAAAGAGGUGAAGGGAUAUCAUCAAGAGAAGGAAGAGUGAUUCCAUCAUCAAAAAAGGAAGAAUUAUUUGGAGAUCAAUUGCGUGAAGGCUCACAACAUGACAUAUACCCAACCACCCCACCUCCGCCACCUUCAAAUUCUAGAAGAAGAAAAGGCAUUCCCCAUAGAGCUCCGCUCGGCUCUUAACAGAUACGGAUACAACAAUAAUAACUAUAUCUCAAUCUCAAAAAUAUUUAUUUUAAUAUCCUUUAAAAAACUAUUUUAUACAAGUCAUUAUUGUAGGUCACAUAGGGGGGGGGGGGUUGUAAAGUUUGAUGAAGUUUCCUUUUGAGGAUGUUGUGGGGUCUUGAAUCAAUCAAAAAGUACAAAAUUCUCAUGAGGGAGAGAGCAAUAAUGCACAAUUUGUUUAUUUAGGAAGUUGGAAGAUGUACAUUGUAAUUAAUUAAGAAAUUAAAAGGCAAAGUGUUUGUUGGAA